AUGAGUCUAAAAAAGGAAGUUUUGCAUAAGUCACUUGAAACAAAAGAUUAUUUAUUAUAUGACGCAGCUGCUUUAAACAAUCACUGCGAAUUAACAAAAUUAGGAAGGCAUAUGGCUGAAUUCUCUAUGGUCCCAUUUUUAUCAAAGUCCAUAAUAUGGAAGAGUAUAUUUAAUGUGCAAAGUUCGGUAUUCUACCGUACUAAAGACAAAAAAUUCCACGCAGAUAAAGCUCGUCAAAAUUCCAUGCGACCGGGAGGGGAUCAUUUUAUGUUGCUUAAUGUGUGGGAACAAGUAGGAAUUCUUCUAAAUGAAUUAUAA